AUGGGUAAAAUUUAUUGUGAUAAGUGCCGUCGAAAAUGCCGCGGAGAUGUUUUGCGAGUAUCAAAUAAGUAUUUUCAUAAGGACUGUUUUAAAUGCACAAAAUGUAACAAAAGCCUUGAACAUGGCGGAUUUUUCGUGAAGGAUGGUGGUUUCUAUUGUCAGGAUGAUUAUCGGCGUUAUUUUAUUGCAAAAUGCAAAAUUUGUUCGGAGGAUCUAACUGGAGAAGUAGUGACAGCCCUCAAUUUCUCUUUUCAUCGAGGUUGCUUCAAAUGUAAUAAGUGUUCGAUCACGUUCCGUCCUGGUGAUCGCGUUACUGUUUGGCAGGAGAAAUUCUAUUGUCCACAUUGUAUCAAUCAAGUAUGCUCUUCUGCAACUGUUGGUAGUAUUCCUAGUAAGAACCUUCUCCAGACACCUUUGUCUGUUACUGAUGAUGAAGGUUGUGUCAGUGCCAGUGAUAUGGCAUCGUCACAGUAUAUUCAUGAGCAGCUAAUCGAGAUGAACCAACCGCAAAACGAUUUCUCGUGCAUUUCUUCUGCUGGACUUCCUCAAAAAUCAAGAUCUAUUCUUCGAAAACCUGUCAUAGAACAAAAUGGUCUUCAUGCAUCCAAGGAGAAAGGAUACUUAAGCACAGAUUCUGGUCUCGGAGAGCGUUUAUGCGAAUCAACCAAUUUGGAGGAUUCAAACUAUAGGCAUUUAUCUGUUGGAAACUCUGAUCAGGAUAAAACUAAUAUACGUCAGGAGAAGUCUCACACUCUGUCUUUCCAUCUGUCUAGACACAGUUUAUGUGGACGAGUACCAAGCUCUAACUAUGGUCGAUAUUUAAAUCAAUCCUAUAUACAAUUGAGUAAUCAAAUCCCCAUACAGAAUAAUGAUCGAUAUAAACGUAACGUAUCCACUACAACUUUAAAUAAUUCGUCACAACCACGACAAUUUCACUUACCUGAUGGUGGUAAAAGUCGUUUUCUACCGCCCGGUACAAAAGUCUACGCAACAUUAUUUGGUCGUUCAGCUAGCAGUGCAGUCUCACCAUUGUAUAAUACUUAUACAAGUACACCACGUUCAACUAAUACUACUAGUACUGCUACUAACAAUUGUCGCCCUGACAUUAUUAUAUCACGUUCUCUUAAUAAACCUUUUGCAUUGUCAGCUUUUAAUCUACAUGAUGAUAACCUUAAAACUGAUAAACUGUCAUUAUCGACAACAACGUCAACAAAAAAAAUCACCAGAAUCUUAUCUAAUACCACUGAUGACAAUAAUAAUUACAAUGAUAACAUUAAUGGUGACCAUACCAGUCAAUUAACGUCAAAAUCACAUCGAACAUAUAUGGAUGAUAUUAGUCAGUCUGGUCCAAUUUUACUAAAUGAUCGUAAUAUCACAUUGGAAACACGUAAAUUAGCUUGUUUACCGGCUGGACAAGAACGUGAUAAAAGUACGCCGAGGCCAAUUGAACGUUAUGAUUGGCCAGCGCCACCUGCUUCUGGUGUUGUUUUAGCGGAAUUAAUGCGUGAACGACGUCAACGACGUAGAGAACAAGCACGUUUAAGUGGUACACAGUUUUCUGGCGAUAUUGAUGAUUUAGAAAGUCAAGAAGCAUUGAGUAUUGAUUAUUCCUUUGAUGGUAUUCCUGAUACAACUGAUCAUUCUGUUGAACAUAUAGGAAUUGGACAAGCAAUUCUACGGGAAGAAGCUGAAAGUAAACGCCGAUCACGUUCACAAACCUAUUUAGAUCCAGUGUCAGCGUCCAGAACGCCAAGUGCAUCGGUUGAACCGUCAUUUAAACCACGUUAUGCAACUCAUCAGUUUGCAUUAGCAAAUCGUGAUACAAUUAAUAUGGGAGGAGCAACAGUAACAAUGAAUAUUCCUACCGAUUAUCAUCAGAAUAAUGCAUCACGAUACAACAUUAAUCCACCAAUUUUCACUCCUGGUAGUUCAAUUAAACCUGGCUAUACUGGUGGUCAAUUAUCUUGCAACGAUCAAUUAAAGAGUAAAACAUUAUCAAUGAAUUAUCCAACUUCAUCACUGUCAGUUGGAAAUGGGGGUAUUAGACAACAAUCGACCAAUCGAAUAUUGUUAAAUAAAUCUAAAGGUGUUACACUGGAUGGUCAUUCUCAUCUUUCACAUCAAUUGGAUGUGAAUGGGACGAAAUUUUCAAACGGCAACCUGCAACUAAGCAAACCUGAUAAUACUCAAUCAAAUACCAGUGAUUCAGUACGAAUUUAUUCACCAACAUCCGAUCAUCGCAUUUCAUCAAUAUAUACUACUAGUAUACUUCAUGGAGUUAAACAUAGUGGUACUACUACUUCGAUUCAUUCACAAUAUCUACAACAACAUAAUCUGAUAGAUUCAAUCAAUGGUAAAGAUUUCGAUGCUGAUCGUCGUCUGGUUGGAUCUAGUCCAAGUCAUCCCACUAUUCAGUUUUCAUCAUCAUCACCAACUGCUAUAUCUCAUAAGAAAUCAUCUUUACCUCAAUUGAUACCAUAUGAAAAACUGAAAGAAUACAAAGGGAUGUAUCCCAAAGGAAUUGAUCGUACAGCUGUAGAGACACAUUUAUCCGAUGAAGAAUUUCAACAGGUUUUCGCUUUAUCUCGAACAGCAUUUUAUCGUCUUCCGGAAUGGAAACGUAAUGACUUAAAACAUAGAGCUCAGCUUUUCUAA